AUAUAGUUAGUUAGCUCAUGCAAAUGGACAAUGCUAGAUUUUAGGUUGGGAGACCUCAGCUUCUGAAAUCAGAUUCCCUUAUUUAAUUUAUAACUUGUGUCAAAAGCUCAUGAGAAAAGCUUGAAACUUAGAGGAGCAAAAUCAUGAAAGUGGUAGAAGAAAAAGGCUCUGCAACUGAGCAAGAAGAUUACACUCAAGAUGGCACCGUGGAUCUCAAAGGUAGACCCGUUUUGAGGUCAAAAACUGGAAGAUGGAAAGCUUGUUCCUUCAUAGUGGGGUAUGAAGUGUUUGAAAGGAUGGCUUACUAUGGGAUAGCAUCAAACUUGGUGGUGUAUCUAACAAAGAAGCUCCAUCAGGGUACGGUCAAAUCUGCAAACAACGUUAGCAACUGGUCUGGUGCAGUGUGGAUGCUCCCUGUUGCAGGAGCUUUCAUAGGAGAUGCCUACCUUGGCAGAUAUUGGACCUUUGUAAUUGCAUCAUUCAUUUAUCUUUCGGGAAUGUGUCUGUUGACUCUAGCAGUCUCACUACAAGCACUGAGGCCACCACCAUGUGCUCAAGGUGUUCUAGAUAAGAAUUGCCCCAAGGCAUCACCAUUGCAAGAGGGUAUUUUCUUUCUUGCCUUGUACAUCAUUGCAGUAGGCACAGGGGGAACCAAGGCCAACAUUUCCACCAUGGGAGCAGACCAAUUUGAUGACUUUGAACCCAAAGAAAGACACCACAAGCUUUCCUUCUUCAAUUGGUGGUUUUUUAGUAUUUUCCUUGGUACCCUUUUCUCCAACACUUUCUUGAUUUACAUACAAGACAAUGUGGGCUGGGCUGUUGGGUAUGGCCUACCAACGGCUGGGCUUGCUAUUUCAGUGUUCAUGUUUCUGGUAGGAACUCCAUAUUAUAGGCACAAAUUGCCCUCAGGCAGCCCUUUAACAAGGAUGGCUCAGGUCUUUGUGGCUGCAGGGAGAAAGUGGAAUGCACAAGUCCCUGAUAAUACAAAAGAGCUGCAUGAGCUGAGCAUGGAAGAGUAUGCAAGUAGUGGGAGAAACAGAAUUGACCACACCUCUUCAUUGAGUUUCCUUGACAAAGCAGCUAUAAAAACUGGCAAAACAUCUCCAUGGAUGCUCUGCCCAGUGACCCAAGUAGAGGAAACCAAGCAGAUGACAAAGAUGCUCCCAAUUUUGAUCACAACAAUCCUCCCAAGCACAUUGCUAGUCACAGGGGGAACACUCUUCGUCAAACAAGGCACCACACUAGACUUGAGCAUAGGACCCCAUUUUGAUAUCCCCCCAGCAUGUCUCACAGCAUUUGUCACCAUCUUCAUGCUCAUAAGCAUCGUAAUCUACGACCGCGCCUUUGUACCCCUGAUCCGGCGCUACACGAACAACCCGAGAGGAAUCACAAUGCUGCAGAGGCUAGGAAUUGGCCUUGUAGUGCACAUCAUCAUCAUGGUCACUGCUUGUUUCGUAGAGAGAAGAAGACUCAGAGUUGCAAGAGAAAACAACCUCUUAGGCCAGCAUGACACAAUCCCUCUCACAAUUUUCAUCCUCCUCCCUCAAUUUGCAUUGGCAGGGAUUGCUGAUAACUUUGUGGAAAUUGCCAAGAUGGAAAUCUUCUAUGAUCAAGCACCAGAAGGGAUGAAGAGUUUAGGAACAUCAUAUUUCACAACUAGUUUGGGUCUUGGGAGUUUUCUCAGCACUUUUCUGCUGUCAACUGUUGCUGAUAUCACCAAGAGAAAUGGUCACAAGGGUUGGGUUUUGGAUAAUCUGAACAUUUCUCGUUUGGAUUAUUACUAUGCAUUCAUGGCGGUGCUGAGCUUGUUGAACUUCCUCUGCUUUUUGGUUGUUGCUAAGAUGUUUGUGUAUAAUGUUGAUGUAAGGCACAGCAACCCAGGGUUGGAGAUGAGUACUGUCCCUGCAGCUUCAUCUCAUUCUCAGGAUCACAAUGCUAAAAUGAUAAGCCAAAUCACUCCACAACUAUAGAUGCCAAGUCCUAGCUAGGGUGUAUUUCUUCUAUUAUAGCUUUUCAGAAAAUAAUGAGCCUCGGAUCUGUACUAUAUAUUGUUAAAGCAGGGUUAUUUUCUUGGUUAAUCAUCUUUGAAUAAGUGUUCUCUAAAAUAUAAUAAGCAACAUGUAGGGUGUCCAGUACUCAAUUCAGUUUAUCAACCCGC